CCAACAGAUCCACAACUCCCGCGCAACAGCAGCGCAACUACCAUCUUCAGAUCCCCUUUCCUAUCCCCCGCCUCACGUCCCUCUACCAUCUGGUCUCCACCCCCAGUACCCUCCUUGUCUGCUUCUCCCUCUGUCGUAGCACUCCCACUCACCCAGAAGAAACCUCUCCAAUCAACCCGUCUCAAAUCAAAACUCACAAAGGACGAUAAACCAUGGCUCACAAAAAAACGUCGCUGCGAAUCAGGCAGCUGGUGGGUCACCUUUUUCGCAAUUCUCCUAGGAUUCCUCGCAGCAGCAGCACUCUGCUACCAAGGCUGGACUAGCGUAGACAUCCUCGAAGACAGCCAACUCUGCAUCGUCAUGGAUGAAGACUUUUCUGGUUCCAGUUCUAUCGAUGACACAAACUGGACUCUUGACGUCGCCCUCAGUGGCUUCGGCAACGGCGAAUUUGAAAUGACAACAAACGAUCCUUCAAACGUCUACAUUUCAAAUGGUCAGCUCUACAUCAUGCCCACUCUCACCAGCGACUCCAUCGACGGCGGUUGGGAUGCUAUCAUGAACAAUGGCAGUUAUCAGCUUUCGGGUUGUACAGCCCAAGGCGGUGUAACAGACCAAGGCGCGUGGGUUCAACGUCGGCAAAACGACGGCACGGGUAACUCGACUACCAACGGCAACUCUACAACAACUGGAUCAGGCAACUCUACAACUACUGGAUCAGGAAACUCGACUACUACAGGCUCGGGUAAUUCCACAACCACCGGCUCAAGUAACUCUACUACUAGUAGUAAUUCCACUACCACACCCAGCGACCCAUGCACUGCCAUUUCAAAUGCCCAGAGCGGCACCGUCAUCAAUCCUGUCAUGAGCGGCCGACUUAAUACUCGUGGAAAAAGGACUAUCAAGUAUGGCCGUGUUGAAGUCCGUGCAAAACUGCCUCAGGGAGAUUGGUUAUGGCCCGCUAUCUGGAUGCUUCCUCAGGGUAACAGUACAAACUCUAGCACUAGUCAGGGGACGGGUGUUUAUGGCGUGUGGCCCAUGAGCGGGGAGAUCGAUAUAAUGGAAGCCCGCGGUAACUUGCCUUCAUAUCCCGCCCAAGGAUCGAAUUAUGUCCGCUCGUCCCUGAAUUACGGGCCGUUUGCGGGCGGGAGUACGCCUAUCUCUACAGGCACAAGCACCACCGCCAACCUCCUCAAGAGCAUCUACGGCUGGGUAAGCACAAAGCGCGGGAACUUUGCCGAUGGGUUCCAUGUUUAUGCGUUUGAGUGGACUGGCGAGUGGAUGAGGUUUUAUACGGAUGAUCGGUUGCAGGCAAUGAUCAACCUGAAAAUCUCCUCUAAAUCUUCCGACUCCUAUUUCUUCAACACAGGUGGGUUCCCGGGUGUAGCUAUGAAUGCGUCAAGUGGGAAGGAAGUGGUCGUUGAAGAUCCGUGGAGUACGGCGUUUGGUGGAAGUGCUGCAGCGCCUUUUGAUCAGGAUUUCUAUCUUGUGAUUGAUCUGGCGGUUGGCGGGACGAGUGGGUGGUUCCCGGAUAGUGUAGGUGGGAAACCGUGGUAUGAUGGGUCUGCCACUGCGAUGCAUGAUUUUGCAGCUGCUCAUGAUACGUGGAGCGCUACGUGGCCUUCGAGCGCGGAUGAUCGUGCAUUUAGGAUUGAUUACGUGAAGAUGUGGAAUCUGUGCGGGACGUAGAACAGACUCGGACUCUACGUGAACAUUGCUUUCUGGUGAAUGUGACUUUGUUCUGGCGAUAUUUAGAAUUACGACGAUACGUGCCGCGGACAUAGACGUCAUCAUAUCCACAUCAUACAUAGCAUAGUUUUAGGUUCUCGUCGCUCGUUUAUUCUUUCUUGUUGUUGUUUUAGGCUUGAAGCUUUUUGACGUCGCGAGUAUCAAGAUUUGAGGUGAUGAUAAUAUUAUGCAUACUUGAAUAUUGCAACGUGAAGCUUGUACUUGUUGACCCCUGACUAUGUAUGUAGCUGGAAUGUUUACUUGUGCCUCGCUUAGUCUUUAGGAUAGAGAUUUAAGGUUUU